UUCAUGAAGAACAACAGAACCAUAUAACCAUCUUUUGAACCCUAGUUUCAUAAACCUUAAGAAAAAUAAACUAGUGAACUACUAACCAUGAGGGCUGGAGGCUAUACCAUCCAACACACCCUAACACCCGAAGCCGCAACCGUUGUGAAACAAGCUCUAGUUCUUGCUAGACGUCGUGGCCAUGCUCAGGUUACACCUUUGCAUGUUGCCAGUGCGAUGUUGACAUCGCCAACAAGCCUUCUGAGGAAGGCUUGUUUGCAACCAAACUCUCACCCUCUUCAAUGCAAUGCUCUUGAGCUUUGCUUCAACGUGGCCCUAAACCGACUUCCUACCAUGCAAUCAAGCCCUAUCAUGUUAAACCCUAAUCACUCUCACCACCCUUCUCUCUCCAACGCCUUGGUGGCGGCUUUCAAACGUGCACAAGCCCAUCAACGCCGUGGUUCAAUUGAAAACCAACAACAACCCAUUUUAGCUCUUAAGGUGGAGAUAGAACAACUCAUCAUAUCCAUCUUGGAUGAUCCUAGUGUGAGUAGAGUCAUGCGAGAAGCUGGUUUCUCUAGCACACAAGUCAAAAACAACAUCGAACAAAUGGAGAUAUCCGUCUCUUCACCAAACCCUCUUAGUUUCUCUCAAUCAAAAGAAAACAUAAAGCCCAAAGCUUUAGCCAAAGUCCAAAAUGAAGAUGUGAUGAGUGUCAUAGAAAUGAUGAUGAAUAGGAAAAGAAAGAAUAUUGUUGUUGUAAGGGAAUGUUUAGCUAGUGCUGAUGCAAUAGUUAGAGGAGUCAUAGACAAAUUCGAAACCGAAAACAACAUAAAUCUAAGGUUCAUGCAAUUUGUAAGCCUUCCUUUGCACUCACUUCAUCAUCUUUCAAGGGAAGAUGUUGAAGACAAAGUUAGAGAACUCAAGUGCCUAGUAAAAAGCUUUGUGGGUAGAGGAGUAAUCUUAUAUCUAGGUGAUCUUAAAUGGGUUUCGGAUUAUUGGUUGAACCAUAACCAAAGAAAGCUUAACAGAAGCUACUACUACUCUCCAAUGGAGCAUAUGAUCUUGGAGCUUAGUGGACUCAUGUUUGGUGUUGAUAGUGGAAAGUUGUGGUUGAUGGGGAUUGCUAAUUCUCAAACAUACACAAGGUGCAAAAUUGGUCACCCUUCACUUGAAACUCUAUGGGAUCUUUGUCCUCUUACACUUCCUGUUGCUAGCUUGGACCUCACCCUUAAUCUUGAAAGUAGUAAGGAUUCAGUAAAUGAUCAAAUGAAACUGCUCACAUGUUGUGGAGAGUGUUCGGUUAACUUUUCAAGAGAGGCUCGAACCAUAAUGAGCUUUGGACGUCCCAACGAGUCCGUUGCUACUACCGGAUCGAAUUUGCCUUCAUGGCUCCAACAAUACAAAGAAGAGAACUCAAGACAAACUACCAAUGAUCAGGAAAGUGAAAAAGUUGGAAAUCUUUGCAAGAAAUGGAACUCCAUUUGUAGUUCACUUCACAAACAACAGCCAAUGUCUUCUUCACCAAGUUUACACCAACUUACCUGGCCCGUAAUAUUCGAAUCCAACACAUCACCCAAAGAACAUAAGUUUUUCAUGAGUGGUGACAAUGGUGAAUGUUUUGACGAGGCGAAUCCAAAAACAACCAUGCCUGAGCUUCUAUCGAAUCCGAAUUCUAGUCCAAACUCGGCUUCUUGUAGUGAAGCUAGUGAUCAAGAUGAUGAUCAUGAAUACUACAUGCACAAAUUCAAAGAAGUGAACUCUGAGAAUGAAAAGAUUUUGAGUAAUGUUUUGGAGAGAGUUGCACCAUGGCAAAGAGAGAUCAUUCCAGAAAUAGUAAGCACAAUCCUUCAAUGCCGGUCUGGUUCAUCAAUCGAAAGAAUAGGGAAAGAAGAAACAUGGUUAUCUUUCUUGGGUGCUGAUAAUCACGGAAAAGAAAAAAUAGCAAGAGAGUUAGCCAAAGUUAUAUUUGGAUCAAGAAACAAUUUUGUCCAUAUCGGGUUAAGCAGGUUUUCAGAAGCACGGGCUGAUUCUACAGAUGACGAUCAAGAAUUUGUUAGUAACAAACGGGCGAGAGAUGAACAUGGGCAAAGCUAUCUUGAUAGGUUUGCUGAAUCGGUUCAAGAAAAUGCAAACCGAGUAUUUUUCAUGGAAGACGUUGAGCAAGUUGAUUAUCAUUCCCAAAUGGGAAUCAAGAAAGCGAUCAAGAAUGGAAGGAUCACACUAAAUAAUGGUGAAAGUGUUCUUUUAGAUGAUGCUAUUGUGAUUUUUAGCUGCGAAAGUUUUAGUUCUAUUUCACGAGGUUGUUCUCCUAGCGUAAGGCGAAUGUAUAAUGACAAUGAAGCACAAGAAACCAUUGAGGAUUAUGCAAAAGAGUCUAUGAUCAGUUUGGAUUUGAAUGUUGCGACCGAAGAUCAAAAUAGAUCAAAUGACAAUGAAUCGGUGUCUGAUAUCGGGGUUCUUGAUUCAGUUGAUAAGCAAGUGAUUUUCAAACUCCAAAUGUUGUAAUAUGUUUAAUUAACUUCUGUUUGUAAAUUAGGGGUGUAGUUUGGAAUAGGGUCUUAGAAAUGUGAGUUUGAUAUAUUAGAUGUAUACCAACAACUGUAUUUUGAUCAAGUUUGUUUAAUUUGUUUUAAUUAAUAGACUUGGUAAUAUUUGUGUUCA